AUGAGACCGACGUUCUCUGCGAAACCCAACCCCCCAAAAAACCUUUUUCGUUUCACUUAUUAUAAUCGAUUGGGAGUUUCUUUCAUCAAGUUGACGAUUUCGACGGGGAAAUCAACAGUGCAUACCGGUGCAGAUGCUGGUGGUGGUGUGAUGACGAAUUCAUCACUGUUAUGCAGGAGUAAAAUGUAUACCUCCUCAAACCUUAUCGUUGUAGAAAAGAAGAACAAGGUGAUAAGCAAGUCUGAAUGUCGGACUGUUGGUUACUUGAAGCAGGGCGUACUGUUUAAGAAAGUUGGUCUGCUGCCAUUCCCUCAAACGGAAGAUGGAAUGGAAAUAAGCAAGCUGUAUAACAGCAAAACAGGGGCAAUCAUUGAUAAAGAGAUGAGGGAAAAUGGUCCUGUGGGGGCCACAACGCCCCUUCAGAGUCUAAAUUCUUCAAUUCCAUCAACUCCCCGAAGAGGAAGAAGAGUGCCCAAUUCCACACCCGUGGAACAUGAUAAGUGA